AUGAACCCUCUGGCGGGCCGUUUCAAGUUUGACACCUCUGCCCUAGAGCCUCCCUGGAGGCUGUCCUACUUUGUUUUCAAAGUGAUCCUGCAGGAUCCACUGUCCUUGAACCAUGCACUCCAGGGCGGGAGGGAGAACAUUAAGAUCAUGCGCAGUUUAUUCGCUCUGGAGAACACUAUGCCAGAUCACAACCCAACACCCGACACGCCUAAUCACAUCGGUUGUGAUUAUGACUUGGAGCGAAUAAUAGACGACUGGAUUCUAAUGGGCUUCCUAGUGGGAAACGAUUUCAUCCCUCACCUCCCUCAUCUUCACAUCAGUCAUGACGCGUUGCCAUUGCUGUACAAGACCUACAUCAGCGUUUUGCCCAGCCUGGGGGGUUAUCUGAAUGAGAACGGCCAUCUAAACCUCAGAACCUUUGAGAAAUAUCUGGAGAAGCUUGCUGAGUUUGACCGGGAACAUUUUAGUGAGGUGUUUGUGGACUUGAAGUGGUUUGAGAGUAAAGUUGGUAACAAGUAUCUGAACGAGGCGGCCGGCUUGGCAGCAGAAAAGGAAGCCGCCAGCAAAGACGCCAACAAGAAAGAGAACUCUGCCCUCUGUCUGGCAGCUCUGACCUCAUCAGACAAAGUGACUGGAGAAGGAAAAGGAGAUGACGAGGAAGAGGAGGACGAUAUGUUUGACACGGAGUUCAGACAGUACAAGCGCACCUACUAUAUGACCAAGAUUGGCGUGGAUGUGGUGUCUGAUGAGUUUCUAGCCCAGCAGGCCAAGUGUUAUGUGGAAGGUAUCCAGUGGAUCCUCCACUACUAUUACCACGGGGUUCAAUCCUGGAGCUGGUACUACCCCUACCACUACGCUCCCUUCCUGUCUGACAUCAGGAAUAUAUCAGGGUUAAAGCUGACCUUUGACCUCGGGAAACCUUUCAUGCCCUUCCAGCAGCUUUUGGCAGUCCUGCCUGCUGCAAGCAAGGAGCUGCUCCCUGAGGCUUACAGGCACCUGAUGACCAGUGAAAAUUCCUCCAUUAUUGAGUACUACCCUCAGGACUUUAAAACUGACCUUAAUGGCAAGCAGCAGGAAUGGGAAGCAGUGGUUCUCAUUCCCUUCAUAGAUGAGCGGUGCUUACUAGCAGCAAUGGAGCCCUGCAAUCACAAGCUGACUAAAGAAGAGAAGGCCAGGAAUCGUCACACAGAGUGUGCAGUCUACUCAUAUGACCAUGAAACAGACUACGCAUACGCCUCCCAGCUGCCUCAGCUGUUCCCUGACAUCGUCCACUGCCAUACCAGGACAGAACACAUCCCUAUGGAUGCCUGGCACGUACCGUUGGACUAUGUCCGAAGACCCGUCGACCGCUCGGCUCUCUACUUCUGUGGCUUUCCCACACUGCAACACAUUAAGCACAAGUUUUAUAAGAAGAAGAUUGGGGUGGUCGUGUUCCAGCAGAGCAGCAGAGGGGAGAACACCAUACUGGAAAUCCUCCGCAGCAAGGAAGGAGAGGCGGUGUGUGAUGAUGUUGCUGCACAAGUGCUGGGGAAGACUGUGUUUGUCAACUGGCCACAUCUAGAGGAAGCUCGCAUCGUUGCAGUGUCAGACGGAGACGUCAAGUUUUGUUUAGAAGAACCACCUGGUGUCCAAAGCGUGUACGACAGGCCCUCCACUCCUCCUCCCACCAAAAUCACCUGCCUGUCUGACAGGGAGCAGAAGGACUGGGUGAAGGAUGUACAGGGAUUAACUGAACAUUUCUUAAAGAGGAAAGGCAUCGUGGUGAACGAGACGGCGGUAGUUUUGUACGGCCAGCUGCUGACGGGAAGGAAGUACGUCCCCAAAGCCAACGGGGUGGUGGAACUGGAGAAGCAGUGGUCCAAGCAGGUCCUCCCCUUCGCCUACCAGACCGUGGUUAAGGACAUCAAGGCCUUCUACUCGUCUCUGACCUGCUUCAAGAGCUUAGACGAGCUCUUUCCUCCAACAACCACAGUCUUCAUGGUGGGGAACCCUUACUACGGCGCCAUGGGCGAGGUGCAAGAUUCUAGUGAUGUCAUCAAAGAGGGCCGGGUACGAGUGGUCUUCAACGUGCCGCACGAACCACAGCUGGAGACCUUGAUUCAAAAUCAGCAUAAGUACUGUGUGAAGUACAGUCCUGGAUACGUUCUGGCAUCUCGUCUCGGCAUCACCAGCUACCUCGUGUCCCGCUUCUCAGGAAGCAUCUUCAUUGGCAGAGGCUCUAAGAAGAAUCCCUGUGGAGAGCAGAGAGCUAACGUGGGCCUGAACCUGAAGUUCAACAAGAAGAAUGAGGAGGUUCCUGGAUACACCAAGAAAACUGAAAAGGAGUGGCUCUACUCUGCUGCUGUGGAGGAGCUACUGGCUGAAUACCUGGACAGAUUUUCUGAAGUAUUCAACACAGUGUCCAGAAACAGUCAUGAUGAUGUUUUCUAUGAAGAUGACAUCUGGCCUGGAUUGGACCAGAAUGGAGCGGAGAGGGUUGCUGAAAUCACCUCGUGGUUAAAAAGUCACCCCGUGAGCUCCGUCAGCAGGGCGUCGUGUGACCUUCAGGUGCUGGACACCGCCAUCGUGGAGAGGAUUGAGGAGGCAGUGGAGAAAACCAAGGUAAAGAAGAGCACCAAGAAAGUCCGUGUGACUGUCAAGCCUCAUCUCCUCUUCAGGCCCUUGGAGCAGCAGCAGGGUGUGGUUCCAGACCCGGAUGCAGAGUAUCGCCUGUUUGACAGAGUUGUCAACACGAGGGAGAGCUUCACUGUGCCACUGGGACUCAGAGGAACAAUCAUCGGCAUUAAAGGAGCGGAGCGUGAGGCAGAGGUUCUCUAUGAAGUGCUUUUUGAUGAAGAAUUUGCUGGAGGUCUCAACAUCAGGUGUACGUCCCCUCGCGGUUACCGCCUCCCUCCCUGUGCUCUCAUCAACCUUUCCCAUGGAGCCCGAGUGGAUCACACCUCCCACAAGCUCACCGCCAUCGUCAAACCUCAGCCCGCUGCAGCCACAAACUUCAGCUCACAGCGCCAGCUCGGCGGCCUGAACCACUCUCCACGUUCACCCUUUAUACCCACACAGCAUAACAGCAAGGGCAACAGGAACUCUCCCUCUAAGGGUCUCCUCCAGAAACAGCAGGGGAAGGGUAAAGAGGAGUACAGUAAUGUGUGGCAGACUCUGCAAAACUCUGGCCCUCCUCACAAACCUCCUGCGCACUGGCACAAUGAAGGACAUUCCCAGCAGGGUGGGAACCAGCACGCUAACAAAGCUACCCCAGUUGGCGGCAUCAGACUGUUGAAGAAAAAUGAAGACGCCAACUCCCUUUUUCCCGCACAGAACACACCCAACAAGGCUACGACUGAGUUUGAGGACCUGAUAGCCAGUCUGAAGAUCUCCAAGGGUAGCCAGCAGACCCCACCCCCUCCCGUUCCUCCACAAGCACCUGCAAGCCAGUCAGAUGGCCCGUUGUCUCCACAGUCUUUCGCCAUGAAAGGAACCAUGGUGCUGAAGGAGAUGCUAAAGAUUGAUGGCGCUGGAACAGGAAGUCCCUCUCCCCAGGAGACGGCUAACAGUGCUGCCUCUGGUGGUCAACAGCAGAACAGAAGACGUUCGUCCAAGAAACUAGCAGCAAAUAUGAACGCCCCACACGGUGACGCAGCUGUAUUAGGUUCUCCCACGCCGGCCGCCUCUGCCAACCUCUCCAACGCUGUGCUGACCAGUAAGGUGUCGGAGCUGGCGUGUGUGUGCGUGGGGUUAGGAAUGGCACCACCUGAGUUCAGCUUCAUAGGCAACAGACAGGGUCUAGUAGUGUGCCAGGUGAAGCUGUCCAAUGGGCUGAUGGUUCAUGGCCCACAGUGCCAAUCAGAAAAUGAUGCCAAGGAGAAAGCUGCCUUCUUUGCCCUUCAGAGACUGAACUCAGUGGGAUCAGGCUUCCCCCUCCCACCUGCUCUGUACUCAGGAGUGGGUCAGAUACGGCCCCCACCCAUAGGACCCAUGGCCUCCGUCUUCAACCAACAAGGAGGUUUGCUGUUGCCCCCCCAGGGUUACGCCCCUGGCCCUCUGUGGGGAAUGGCGCUGCCUCCUCACCACCACCAAAACCAACCGUUCUACGGAGCAGCAGGAACCUUCCCUGGUGCCGCCCGCCACCAGCCUGCAGCGGCGCCGCCCAUCGGCUCACACAACCAGUUUAUUCCCUUACAGGUGACUAAGAAGCGAGUAUCCGCCAACAAGAAGAACCAGGAAACUCGAGAGUUCUACAGCGCCGCCCAUAGACACCAAUCACAGAGAGCCCAGAACCAGCCCUCCGGCCAAUCACAGGGUGGUAGAGCCGACCAGCCACACCAACACGCUACCAACAGCGACUUCUCCUCGUCCAGUCCCGGCCUGGCAGACACCGUUUCCACGACGACAGGAGCCCCACACACACCCCCUCGGCAAAAUCCUCCAGCGACAGGCCACACCCCUGGCUCCGCCUCCAAAAGGAAGCACAGAAAACUGGCCGUCAACUUCGAGGCAGCUAAAGUCUCCGAGUGAUGGGCUGGUGUGUGUGUGUGUGUGAGGAGAGAGAAGAGAGAGAGAGAGAGAGAGAGAGGUGUGUUUGGUGUUUUUAAGCUGCAGUUUUAAGCCUGACUCAGCAUCUUUGAUCAAAACCUCGUCAAUGUGAACGUUGGUUUUCACUCAACGUUUCAGCGUUCAAAGCAGCGCCGGUUGGGACGAGGGCACAGAGCAGACUAAAGUUUUUUUUUUUCUUCUGUCAGGCACUUGAGGAAGCUAGAUUAUUUCCACUUUCACGGUCUGUCUGCCUCAGAACACAACUCAAAUAUAUGAAACGUGACAGAAUUCCUCUGUCUCUAUACUUCGUCAUUUCAAAUCUACCAAACAUGGCUAUUGUGGUUUUACAUUUCCCAGUGCGGAAUGUGUUACUGGUGUGGAAAGGAAUCCAGCAUACUGGCUGGAAGAGUAGGGUGCAUUCUGGGAUGCAUUGCUCUCUCUCUCUUUUUUUUUUUUCUCCUUUCCUAUAAGAGGUCGAUUUCAUGGACCGAUUCCGCUUCUGAGCAGAAGAGAUUAAAGUCUUUUUCAGUGUGUAUCAGCACACUUAAAGGAAGACUAUUGUUUGUUACAGCUCACAUUUUACUUUUAUAGCCCUGGCCAUUCAUUCUAUCAGCUAUGCUAACCCUGCGGAGAUGACUGAAUGUGGCAAUGUUGCUGACCAGAGCUUCAGAAAUCAAACCCAAGUUGUAAUAAACUCUAGAUUUCCUUUAACUGCGCAACAUUAGGUUCCCCAGGGAACAAGCUUCUUUUUCCCUCCAAAAACACAUAGAUCUGCUCGUUCAUUGAGCCUGGUCUUACUUCUGCAGAGUAGUGAGGGAGAUCUUGUGAAGUCAAACACUGCCUUAAAAGUGCAUCGUCUUCAUUAAAUGUACAUUUUAAUCCAGGUGGGAAAGAAAUAAAGACAGUAAUUAUGUACUAGUGGCAGCACAUUCAAACCAAACAGCUCAGAGCAAAACUAAAUAAUGGAUUUUUCAAGGUUUGGUUAUUUAUGCAGCCGAUAAAAUCAGAAAUCAGCGUGGUCAGUGUUAUUAUUAAUGUUACUUUCUUACGGCCCCUCGCGUCAGUCUUAACACCGUCCAUCUGCACCUCUUUCAAACGUUGCUUUGUAUAUUUCCCGUGGCGAGGCGAGGCGGGAGGGUUUUCACUGACCGCUGCUGUUGCUAGGCACUGCGCGAGAGGCUCCGUGGCAGCGUAGACUGAGAACACACACUGCAGGGCGGCCGGUUGAGGUUUGUCUGGCUCCUGGUGCAGAUAGUCCUCGACGUUGUGCAAAACCUCUUCAAUCACAGUUGGAUGUUGGUUCUCAGGGACAUGCAGCCAUGGUAGACGCUUCAGAUUUGCACUGCAGUGGCAGCUACUUCCUGCUUUCCCAGUAAACCUAUUUACCUGUACAUCUUUAAAGGCUAGCUUGAAUGCAUAUGUUGCUGUGUCGGCCCUGUCUUGUUUUUUAGGGGGGUUGUUAGUGUGUUAAUUGUGAAUAAAAGCCGGCCUCUUAUAAUGGCUAUUUGUAUCAAAAUACUUCAGCUUUGUCAGGUUUGGAUCAGUGGUGUUAAUCAGGCCGAUUAUCUGUUUUAAUGUUUCCCUCUGUGUUGUGAUCCUCAUUUCCCAUCAGCCUUCUAUUUCCUUCAGACUUUUGACGCCUUGCUGCAAUUUUAUACUUUUUCUUUAUGCUUUAACAACACCGCCAAAGUAAAAAGUUGACUGCACACUGCCUGCACACACAGCAGAGUUAUGACAUGAGAGAUAAUUGGACUAGUGACCCCAACACACACACA